UCAGGCCCGCGAGCCACGGUGCUAAAAACGAAAAUGGCGGGAAAAGAGGAAUUUCAGUCCAAGCAGAGCUCAACGCGCUCGUCUUCUCUAUCCAAAGCGCAAAUCGGUGAAUCCCAACAGGAGGAGGCAUGCUGGAGAAAACAAGUGGACCAGAAUCUGAAGAGACUCCAAUCGCUCCUCUUCGGCGUCGAUUUGGCCCUCGAAAAAGGCGAUUACUCUGCGGCUCAACUUCUUGGUCUCCGUCUUCUUGGAUUUCUCGACUCUCAGACUCGUACCGAUGUUGAUCAUGCUUUUAUCCAGCCCAUUAGGCGCGAAGUCGUUGAGAAAAUUAAUGUCGCUCGCCGAUCCCUCAUGCCGGAAUCCGAUCGACAAGUAUUUGAACAAGCAAAGAAAGCUCCGGGAUGCAUUUUUAGCAUGAGCAAAGAAAUGGAUUUCAGCAAGAUUAAGCAGUCGAAGUACUUUCAGGCCCUUCAGGGAUCAAAUAGAACAGUUGUAAAUGAAUUGGAUUCGCUGGAGAGGGUGGAUAAGUUGAGUACCAAGGCACCAAAAAUCACUGCAGAAGCAAAGGGUACAUCCUUGUAUAGAAAAGAUCAAAGCAGAACAAGUCCUAGUCUGUACAGAAGUUCUUUGAAUGCAAGUAAUGCCCUUGAUGACUGUAUUAUUGUAGAAAAGAAUCCUUCACUAUAUGAUCAUACAAAAGACCAAGGUACAUCUUUAAUGAAACUUGAAGAGGAAGGGCGGACUUAUGGAAGUAUGGUUGCUACAAGACGUGCUCGGAUGGAAAUAAGUAGUCCUAAGGUAGACAAUGCCAACUCACCAUUGAGUACCGAUGAAGCUAAUGCUGAUUCUUCUGGCAAUGCAUUUGUCACUGCAAGAACAAAACUGGAAAUGGAUGCAAGGCAAAGACGAGGACUUGCAGGAUCACCAAAUACUUCUGUCUCCCCUCAGAGUGAUAAUAAUGUUUCCCAUAAAGGGUAUGGAAUGCGAUCCUAUGGCUCUUCACGCCGUGGAGUGCGUGGGAAUUUUGUCCCUCCUAUUAGGUCUAAUGGGGGGAAUGCUGGGAACAUGGUAAAUUCACGUGUUGGUGGAAAAGGUGAAGAUGCUCUGGAUGACUCACCAAAGAGAUGUUUGGAUAUGUUGUGCGGACCUGAUGGUGAACUUCCUGAAAAAUUAAGGAAUUUGGAGCCUCGACUUAUAGAACAUAUUAGCAAUGAGAUUAUGGACAGGGAUCCUAAUGUUCGGUGGGACGACAUAGCUGGUCUAGAACAUGCAAAAAAGUGUGUAACUGAAAUGGUAAUAUGGCCUUUAUUACGUCCCGACAUUUUCAAAGGUUGUCGUUCUCCUGGAAGAGGUCUCCUUCUUUUUGGUCCACCGGGAACAGGCAAAACAAUGAUCGGAAAAGCAAUUGCUGGAGAGGCAAAAGCAACUUUCUUUUAUAUAUCUGCCAGCUCAUUAACAAGCAAGUGGAUUGGCGAGGGUGAAAAGCUAGUGAGGGCCCUCUUUGGUGUUGCCAGUUGUCGUCAGCCGGCUGUCAUCUUUGUUGAUGAAAUUGAUUCGCUUCUGUCUCAGCGAAAAUCUGAAGGUGAACAUGAAUCAAGUAGACGACUCAAAACACAGUUCCUUAUUGAAAUGGAGGGCUUUGAUAAUGGCAGCGAGCAAAUUCUUCUUAUAGGAGCGACUAAUCGACCACAAGAACUUGAUGAAGCUGCAAGGAGACGACUGACCAAAAGACUUUACAUUCCCCUCCCUUCUUCAGAAGCAAGAGCAUGGAUUGUGCGUAAUCUCCUGGAGAAGGAUGGGUUGUUCAAGCUUUCUAAAGAGGAAAUUGAUACGAUAUGUACUUUAUCUGAAGGAUAUUCGGGUUCAGACAUGAAAAACCUUGUGAAAGACGCUUCAAUGGGUCCUUUAAGGGAGGCUCUGAAACAAGGCACAGAAAUUACAUUGCUUAAAAAGGAGGAUAUGCGGCCUGUAACCCUUAAGGACUUUGAGAACGCAAUGCAAGAGGUCAGGCCCUCUGUUUCUUUAAGCGAACUUGGCACAUAUGAUGAAUGGAACAAGCAAUUUGGGAGCUUAUCACUUUGAAGUUUUUUACUUAACAAUGACAUAGAAGGUAAGCUGGUGGGCUGAGCGUGGACUAAAUGACAAGCGGGGUUUUAAGCAAUUGUCACUGUCUUCCAUUUUGAGAUCUGAAAGAAUGCCUUAAACCUCAUGUGUGCAACAUUUAGAUAUUUAUUUCGUUUAUGUGGAAUUUUCAGGUAUAAAGCAAGCGGGAUUUAAAGCAACAUUUAGAUUUUUUUUUUUUCUUGUAAUUCUUCUCAAUGUUGAACUAACACGUUAGACUAUGUUCACCAAGCCUCUCUUUUUAUCUAUAUAUAUCCCCAACAACGGUGUUCCUAUGCAAGCGUGUAGAAAGAUUAAAGCUGUCCUGUCUUGCGGCUGGGCCCUUAUGCUACUAACUACGAAGGUAUUCACCUGUGUUUUCUUUUGUAGGUUUGGUUUCGAGUUUGAGUUGUACGGUAAUGAAGUUAUCUUGGAUCCUCCUAAGAUCUAUUGUGGCAAGUUGAUUUCUUCAUUUUCAUUUUCUGUGAGAAAGAAAUCGAGUUUUCAAUUGAUUCCUUCACUAUUUUGUGGAACAUUUGACUUGAUGGGAAAGAUGUUGAAAAAAAUUCCUACCGCGGAGGAGGCUUGAGAUAUUAUGUACUUAAACACCUUUGUAGUUCAUACCUCUAACCUUUUCUGUAGUUAUUCUUUUUUAUUCAUUCCAAUAGUGGGAUUGCUAUUUUGUUAACUUGUAAUCACUUUUAUGGAUAUUCUGUAAGAAUUAUGCCUAAGGACCUAUUUUCAAGAUUAUCUUUCACAAAGGUUAAUAUUCACGAGAUUUACAUA